AUGAGUGUUACAUCAGUAUACAGAUACAUCAUUGAUGAUGUAAUUAGAAAUAUAAGAGCAGAGUUUGCGAAUGAGGGUUUGGAAGAUACUGUCAUCCUAGAGUUGCAACAUACGCCGAGCACAGAGACAACAAGCGAUCAACCAAGCAGCACUACCACCACUACUACCAGUAGCAGCAGCAGCAAAGACAACUCAUCAAAGACAUCAACUACAACAUCAAACACAUCACCAACUACAUCAUCACCCCCUGCCAUCAAUAACAACAACAGACAGAGCAAUGAUUUAGCUCAUGAUCAUGUCCGAUCAACCUUAAACACUCUUAGACAAUUCAAUGCGACACCACCAACUACAACAAUAGGUGCACCAGGUGUGUCUGGAUUCGGCAAGCCACAACAGUUUAUGCCAAACAGAGACCAUCCACCCCAUGGUCUGGAGCUCCCCAAACCAGGCUCCUCUCACUCAUUGAUGCAUCUGAUGAACCUACCACAGAAUGAUGGUUCCAGCGAUGAGGUGGCAUUGUCCUGUGUCGACAAUGGCAUGACCAAAGAGCAUAUAGAUAGUCUGAUUGCACAGCGUGUCAAAGAGCAACAGAGUUAUGAUUGUAGUUUUAGCAUAAAGAUUCCUCAGAUGGAUGGCAACGAUGAUGAUGAUCUCGAUGAUGAACUGUUGGAGGAGCAUAUACCAGAGGCAAAUGCAGGUCAACAGCAGGACUCUCUGAACAGUGAUUUGGAUGAUGACGAAGACAAUGACCCAGACCCUAUUAUCGAACACUUUGUAUUGUGCCAAUACGAGAAGGUGUCCAGGAUCAAGAACAAGCGAAAGUGCACAUUUAAGGAUGGCAUUAUGCAUCUGAACGGCAGAGAUGCUCUCUUCCACAAGGCCAAUGGAGAGUUUGUUUGGUAG